AUGGGAAAUUCACCAAAGAAAAAAGAGGGACUGAAUUAUACAUUGGUAACCGAAUUCCUGCUUCUCGGAUUUCAGAACUGUCAGAUUUUCAAUAUUAUGCUAUUCAUGUUAUUUCUUGCAAUCUACAUUUUGACAUUAAAUGUGAAUCUUCUGAUUAUCGUAUUAGUGGGAAACGCCCCAAAUCUUAACUCUCCCAUGUAUUUCUUCCUCAGUCAGUUAUCAUUGUCGGAUAUCUUGCUCACUACAAAUAUCACUCCAAACCUCCUCCAUAUUAUAAUUAAUGCGGGGAGCAAAAUAUCUUUUGAAGGCUGCAUCACACAGUUUUAUUUCCAUGGUGCCUUAAAUGCUGUAGAAUGUCUUCUUCUCACAGUGAUGUCGUAUGACCGCUAUUUAGCCAUAUGUGACCCAUUAGUUUAUACAAGUACCAUGGAACCCAGGCAUUGCCUUAAGCUAGUCCUUUGUUCCUGGUUUUCAGGAUUUAUGGCAAUGUUAAUAUUUGUUUUCCUUUUAUGUCACUUACAAUUCUGUGGUCCCUAUGUGAUCGAUCAUUAUUUUUGUGAUUUAGGUCCUCUUCUAGAACUGUCUUGCUCAGAUUAUACCUUUCUAAAGAUAACCCAAUUUGCAUUAGCCAUACCAUUUGCACUUGUUCCAUUUUUAUGUAUUUUUUCCACUUAUUUAAAAAUUAUCAUCACCAUCAUUGGAAUUGCUUCCACCAAUAGGAAACAGAAAGCCUUCUCCACAUGCAGUUCACACUUAAUUGUAGUGUGUAUGUACUAUGGGAUUUUAACUAUUGUUUACAUAGUCCCCUCAAAAGGACAGUCAUUUAAUAUUAACAAGAUUUUAUCUAUUUUAUAUACUAUAGGAAUACCAUUUUUCAAUCCAAUUAUUUAUAGUCUUAGGAAUCAGGAGAUCAGAACAGCCAAGCACUGA